AUGUCGGCGCCGAUGUCGUUCCCAUCCAUGCUCAACGCGCUGCAACCGUUCGCGGCGCAAAACCAGCGACAGUUGAUCAACAUGAUGGACGAUCUCAUGGGCGGCGCGUUCGAGACGCUGGAUCCGUUUACGAUCAGAAUGCAUCGCGAUCAUACCGAGGGUGUACCGCAGCAGAUUCUCAACUUUCCCAUGGGUGCGUCAUUGUCGCGCGCAAACGCGGAUUUAAUCGCGCUCGAUGUUGACGACGAGACGAGACGAGACGCGAUACUGACAUUUCGAUUUUCGUUCACAGACGUCAUCAUGAAGAAGGACAAGUACCUGAUUCACGCGGAUCUUCCCGGUUUGUCGAUGAAGGACGUCACGGUCGAGGUCGAAGACGUCGACGAGAUGACGAAGAUUUUGCACAUCACCGCCCGACGCGAGCAUCGCUCAGAGGAGCAGGAUCAGGACGAAAGCGGAAAAUGGGUCGCGUACGAACGGUUCUACGGCAAGAUGGAUCGCUCUUUUCCACUCCCCAAGGACGUCGCUCUCGAUGCCGGAAACGAUCAAGCGAUCCAGUGUCGAUUGGUGAACGGAGAGUUGACGAUUUCGAUCAAGCGCCAGCCUCCGCCUGAGAAGGAGAAAGCGCCGCCGAGAAUGAAGAUCCCAAUCAUCGAUCACUGA